CUCAGUGGCUGCACUGCACCCUCUAGAAGCCACCUUUCUGUCUUUACAUCCCCUCCAAUAACCCAACUGUGCCCUGCCACUCCCACCGCAAACGAUCUCGGUGGUCAAUGUUUGCGAGCUCUUGCAUGUCCCGGUGACAUUGAUUAUUUACCUUCACUCUCUCAGCCGCCAUCGGUUUCUACCUGCUCGCACGAGUCCUCUGUAUGAGACUCGCCUGUUGAAUACUACCGAGUAUUGCACUACUCUUCCGCUCUCUGUCUACAUACACAUCAUCCCGACAAUUUGUCUGCUACAAUUUUUCUUCUUUACAAUCUUUUGCUCUGGUUCCUCUAGCUCGCUCGCCAUGUGGUUCUCGCAGCUAGCUUCGACGGUCGUGGGCCUGGCCCUGUCCGUGAGCGCAGCUACGACGUAUUGGCAGGACACUGAUAUCAAAAUGCUACCGUUGCGAACCCAUAGCUUAUCUUCGCCGUACCUGGAUUCGGAUAUGCAUAGUCGAUGGUGGGAUUUUGGCGGGGACACUGUUAUCCGUACCGACCAAUAUGUCCGUCUCACCUCCGAGCGACAGUCCCAACAAGGCUGGAUCUUCUCACGCGUUCCUCUGACCGCCACAAACUGGGAGAUCGAAUUCGAGUUCAAGCUCCACGGCUCAGGCCAUUUGCACGGCGACGGAUUCGCGCUUUGGCUUACGAAACAGCGUGCCAUCCCAGGCCCUGUAUUCGGCUCUGCAGACAAGUUUGAGGGCCUGGGGAUUUUCUUUGAUACAUACAAGAACAACAGACCCGGUACCUCGUUCCCCUACGUCAUGGCUAUGUUGGGUGAUGGCCAGACCGCAUACGACCAGGCCCAUGAUGGCAAGGAGAAUGAACUUGCAGGCUGCUCGGCCCGCGGCAUUCGUGACGCAUCGGUCCCCACAAAGGCCAAACUGACCUACUUCCAAGAUAAAUCUCUCACACUAGACCUACAAUACAAAUCCGACGGCUCAUGGACCAACUGCUUCUCCUUGAACUCGCCUGAAACCAACUUCAACAUCCCCUCCGUCGCAUACCUCGGAUUCUCUGGCGAAACCGGCGAAGUCACCGACAACCACGACAUCAUCUCCGUCACCACCAACAACCUGUACGACCACCACGGCACCGGACCAAACCGUCGUUCUGGCAAGCCCGGGCGCGCGCGGUCCACGCCGAAGAAGAAGUCUGGCGGUUGGCUGUGGUUCUUCUUCAAGACCUUCCUGUUCCUAGGUGCCGUCGGCGGUGCGUACGUUGGUUACACGAUUUAUAGGACUAGCAAGAGACAGUCCAGAUUCUAGCGUGCUUACUGAAAGGGGUUGAUGAUAGUUGAAUGCUUUGCUACGUUUCCUUUUCAUCAUUCCUGAAUAUUCUUUUUCCUGACUUUCGGGAUGGUUGUUGUUUUCGAUGCUGCUCUUCAGCGUUUCAUUUUCAUGUAUUACGUCUGUUAUCAAAAUGAGGUGUAAACAUAGCCGUGGUAGUUUCAAUUCGAAUAUAAAAGUAAUAACUGAU